GACAAAAACAAAAAAGAGUGGCGAAAAAAAAAAUCAUUGCUAUUUGGUUUCUCUGUUUUUUGUGUGUUGAAAAUGAUAUGCUUUCGUUGGAUUUAGUUUUAGAAUAGUGAAAAAUGAGUUGUCAAUUUCUCUAAAUGCUUCGACUUGCACUGCGAAGAGCUUCUUCUUCUACAGUUACCCUCUCUAACUCUUCUUUCCGGUUCAUUUCCGGUUCGGCUUCGAAGCCAAGCCUAUCCAUAUGGAGGCGGAAGAAAGAGUUGGGUAAAGAAGGCCUCAUCAUUGCCAAAGAACUCAAAAGACUCCAACCCGACCCGGUUCGCUUAGACCGUUUCGUCCGUUCCAACGUUUCUCGCUUGCUCAAGUCCGACCUUGUUGCUGUCCUCGCUGAAUUCCAGAGACAAGAUAACGUCUUUCUCUCCAUGAAGUUGUACGAUAUAGUGCGCAAAGAGAUAUGGUACCGGCCGGACAUGUUCUUUUAUAGGGACAUGCUUAUGAUGCUUGCAAGAAACAGAAGGGUGGAUGAAACAAAGAGGGUUUGGGAUGAUUUGAAAGGUGAGGGAGUUUUAUUCGAUCAGCAUACAUUUGGAGACAUUAUUAGAGCCUUUCUAGAUAGUGGGUUGCCCUUAGAGGCCACAGAAAUAUAUGAAGAAAUGAGACAAUCUCCUGAGCCUCCUCUGUCGUUGCCUUUUCGCGUAAUAAUGAAAGGACUCAUUCCAUAUCCAGAAUUAAGAGAGAAAAUAAAAGAUGAUUUCUUAGAGAUUUUUCCGGAUAUGAUUAUCUAUGAUCCUCCUGAGGACUUGUUUGAAGAUCGUGAGAAGCACAAGGAUGGAGCUAAUAAUGACUUUUACUGAGAUCUCAUAUGUUUAGUCGUUUUUGGAUCUUAAUGCAUCUCCUCACAUUAAGGAUUGUACAUCUAGAGUGUGAACAAAUAUGAGUUGAAUAAGAGAGAUUUUGGCAGAAUAACAAAAUUAAGAUAUAAUAUGAUAUCGUAUUUAAAUUUGAGUUAACUUAUCUUGUACCUUCAACACCAUUAUCUGCAAUUUAAUGUGGAGACCUAGUAGUUGUUUUGAGUAACCUCAUUGUUUCGCUUUUCAAUCUUUCCCCAUCAUUGUAAUUUAUACAUUGGAACCUCGACAAUAUGAAUGAAUACUGAUGAUACAUUACAUGAUUUUUAAGGUUAGAAA